GGGCAUCAAAAGUAAAAAAUGUUUAUGCAAGGAGUAUUGCUAGUUCCCUAUAUAUCUUCUCUCCUCUUGUGUGAAAAGUUGAUCAAUUAAUAUUCCAUCAUGGGUGUCUUCUACCAUGAGGAGCCACAAAACCAUACCAAGAGAUGCAAAUUCCUUGGAGCUACACUGAAGGAAGUGUUUUCCCACUGUCAAACUUUUAGCAGAAGGCUUUCAACUGCAAGCCUUGAAGAGGAGUUCCCCAUGAGUGAUCUUGAUGAAGAACAGGAAGUGAUUGUUUCAGCAGUUAGAAGCAGAGCCAUGGAAAAGCAAAAGCAAAAGCCAAGUCCAUUUAGAGAUGGCUUUUCUUUGGUAUACUCUCCUGCAACUAGAGAAUUUUAUGUCACUAAGAAAAUGGCACCACAAGCAAGUGAAGGAGGUGAUGAAGAACAAGAUCAAAGUGCAGGAGGUGAUGAAGAACAAGAUCAAAGUGAAGAAUUUUUGUCAGUUAAGAGUUGUUUCUCAUGCUGUUCUUCAAGGGAAGCAUUUUAUUCUGUGAAGACUAACCUUUCCAUAAGCUCAAGCAUGAAUGAGCUUGACUUCUCAGGAUAUUGGAAGCGUUCCAUAAUUCAGGAGCUCUGUCAUUGCCAGGGAUGGCCUUUUGGUUUGUGCCGAAAAGCUUUGCUACUUCCACCAUUGCCCAAAUCACCAUCUGAAUCAUGGUUGUCAAGUAAAAUUCAACCAAGUACCAAAGUUACCUGAAUCUAUAUAGCUAAACUUUCGUUCCUAUUCCUGUUAAAUCUGGAAUUGUAACAUUCAGAGCUUAAUUGAAGAUUAUCAAAUAAAGGAUACAUAGACUAUUGUUCUAAUA